AUUAUUGAAAAGAAAAUGAUCCUCAAUUCAAACCGUCAAACAUGCAGAUGCACAAGCUGUUUGUCGCAGACGACAGCAAAUGAAGAUUUUAAGAGUCAUCAAAAAAUAGUAGUACAUCUUAAAAUUUUACGAAACUUCAAACCGUAUUGCUUCUUGACUGUCGAUAUAGUUAACUUUGCUCGAAUAUCCUGCAAGGUGAACUUGCGGUCCAAAAUAUUGUUUGGAAAUUUGACCUUGCUUACCAGGCAAAGUUCUUCAUCACCCAUAGUCAAAAUGGAUGGAAAUCAUUCUUAUAAACGGUGGGAUAACAUAGUAAAAUCUGAGCAAGAUAAAAGAGAAUACAGGGGACUAAUGUUGAAGAAUGAGAUGAAAAUUUUACUUAUAAGUGACCCUUCAACUGAUAAAUCUGCUGCUGCUAUGGAGGUCAAUGUUGGGCAUAUGUGUGACCCCCAUGACUUACCAGGACUUGCUCACUUCUGUGAACAUAUGCUUUUUUUAGGAACAGAAAAAUAUCCAGUAGAAAAUGAGUAUCCACGAUUUCUUAGUGAACAUGGUGGAAGUUCCAAUGCUUUCACAGCCUCAGAUCACACCAAUUAUUAUUUUGAUGUUGUUCCCCUCCAGUUAUCAGCUGCGUUAGAUCGUUUCGCUCAGUUUUUCCUUACGCCGCUAUUCACUGAGAGCGCAACAGAUAGGGAAGUCAACGCCGUAGAUUCCGAACAUGUCAAAAAUAUCCCUAGCGACGCUUGGCGUCUUUCGCAGCUCGACAAAUCGACUUCUAAUCCCAAUCAUCCUUAUUCAAAGUUCGGUACUGGUAACAAAGACACGUUAGACACAAUUCCCAAAGAAAGAGGAAUACAAGUUCGCGAAGAAUUGUUGAAGUUCCAUAAGAAAUGGUAUUCGGCAAAUUUGAUGUCCUUAGUUGUCUUAGGGCAAGAGUCACUAGAUGAACUUGAAAAACUCUGCGUCGGAUUGUUUUCCGAAGUUGAGAAUAAAAAUGUAGAAUCACCUGAGUGGAAAGAACAUCCGUUCGGUCCGGAAAACCUGCAAGUGAAAGGCCUGGUGGUCCCAGUCAAAGAUAUUCGUAACUUGAAUAUUACCUUCCCUGUACCUGACAUGAGGGAACAUUAUGAAACCCAACCGGAACGUUACCUUAGCCAUUUGAUUGGACACGAAGGACCGGGUAGUUUAUUAUCCGAACUAAAGAGUCGAGGAUGGGUCAACUCGCUCAUGGCAGGAGAAAGCAGCGGAGCUAAGGGUUUCGCCUUUUUCGGAAUAAAUGUCGAUUUGACUGAAGAUGGUAUUGAGCAUGUUGACGACAUAGUAACCCUAGCUUUCCAAUACUUGAAUAUGUUAAGGAAGCUCGAACCUCAGAAAUGGGUAUUUGAUGAAUUAGAAGGUCUUUCCAGAGUGCAAUUCCGCUUCAAAGACAAGGAAAAGCCGCAGUCAUAUGUGUGCAGUCUAGCUUCGAAGCUUCAGUACUACCCCAUGGAGGAAGUCAUUAGUGGCGAUUACUCUUUCAAAGAAUGGAAACCAGAUUUAGUCACAUCUGUAUUAGACAUGCUGACACCAGAAAACAUACGUAUUGCUGUAAUAGGUAAAAAGUUCGAAUCUGUUGCCGAUUCGAAGGAAGUUUGGUAUGGGACGUCAUACAAAUUGGAGAAGAUUGACUCCAAGGACAUAGAAGCAUGGAAGAAUGCUGGGCUAUCGGAAAAGCUGCAUAUGCCGCACCGUAACGAGUUUAUCCCUGAAAAACUCGAUUUAGUGACCAGAGAAGAACCUCAGCCAUGGCCAAUCAUCUUAAAAAACAGUCAACUGAGUCGCGUGUGGUUCAAACAGGAUACCGAGUUUCUGCUUCCCAAAGCGGUAGUCUACAUCGAAAUGUUCAGUCCUAUAGCUUAUUUGGAUCCUUUGCGCUGCUCGCAAGUUUGUCUGCUCGCAAGCUUGUUCCAUGAUGCUUUAAAUGAAUUUACCUAUGCGGCUGAGGUUGCUGGAUUAGGCUAUGCUCUUCAGAGUACCAAAUAUGGCCUCCAGCUGAGCCUCAAGGGUUACAACGAUAAGUUGCCAACCCUAUUGCAAAAGUUGAUUGAAAAGUUGACAACAUUUACGGUCGACCCCCAACGCUUCAGAAUUCUUAAAGAGUCUUAUGUUCGGGCAUUGCAAAACUUCAGAGCUGAGCAGCCAUAUCAACAUGCUACGUACCACACGAACAUGCUUCUAGCGGAAAGGGCCUGGUCUAAAACGGAUCUACUGAACUCCACCGAUGAUUUGACAGUGGAAUCACUCCAGUCGUUCAUACCGUUUCUCUUUUCCCAACUCCACCUGGAAUUCCUAUUCCAUGGAAACCUUACUAAGCAGCAAGCCAUGGACAUGGUUGAUACAGUAGAAUCGGGCCUCAAAACUCAUUUUGCUACUAAACCAUUGCUUCCGUGCCAACUGAUCCGCGACCGCGAAGUUCAAAUGAAUAACGGUGCCAACUUCUUGUACUGUGCUGACAAUGAUGUUCACGCCACGCACUGCGUCGAAACGUACCUACAACUCGGCUUAGAAGACAAGCGCUCCAACAUGUUACUCGAACUUGCCAUGCAAAUCCUGAAGGAGCCUUGUUUCAAUGUCCUGCGUACCCAAGAACAAUUGGGCUACAUCGUCUUUAGCGGCGUGAGAAGAGCCCACGGUGUUCAAGGCUUACGCUUCAUCGUCCAGUCUGAAAAGCCACCAACCUACGUGGAUGGACGCAUAGAGGCAUUCCUGCACAGCAUGGAGCAAACCUUGAAAGAUAUGUCGGCCGAAGAAUAUGAAAGACACAAGACUGCUCUAGCCGUGCGGCGACAGGAGAAACCCAAACAACUAAGCCACCGAGCCGUGCGUUACUGGUCAGAAAUCACGACCGGGCAAUACUUCUUCGACCGUGACGAUAUGGAAGUUGAGGAGCUGAUGCAGAUCACGCACCAAGAACUAUUGGACUUUUUCGCUUCAUAUGUGUUUCACCAGUCACCAUUGCGCCGUAAAAUGGCCGUCCAUAUCCUGGCGUCGAACGUUUCGCAGGAGAAGGCCGAACCGGUGGUGCACACCAACGGAGGCGUCACCUUAUCGCAGCCGCCGCCACAGAUCAGAGAGACGGAACUCGUUGAAGACGUGGCCGCUUUCAAGAAAAGCAUGCCUCUCUUCCCUUUGGCUACACCCAUCGACAAAAAUAGUGUUUUGGCAGCGUCAGCUAAAGCCAAAUUGUAACUUUUUAUGAUGUCGUAUCAAAACAGCGCUUUUUCGUUAAAAGUCCAGGAAAAACUUUAGGGAAAAAAUUAUUAUUAUUUUUUUUUUUGCCUUUAUUUUUUCUCCAACUAUUUGAUAUAAGUUUCAGCGUAACUUUCAAUCGAUGGAACCAAACACACUUUGUAUUCCACUUCUUAGUGAUUCUUCUUCUGAGUAAUUGAUGACCAGUAAUGGCUGCAACUAUUCAUUCGUCAAAUUUUUCUUCUGUUUUUUUUAAUUUUUUUUGUCUUUUGCUCCCCUCUUUCUUCUAUUAAUUAUAUCAUUACAAACACACUGCUGUAUUGUCGAGAGCUAUUAAACCCCUUGACACCUAUUUCGUCGGGUUUAAAGUUAAUAAACACACUGAUAAACGAGA